AUGGGAAGUUUAUUUGGACGGAAUAAAAAACCAACAGGACAGACUAACUUUGAUUUGUACGGUGCAGAUCCAUACGGGCAGUUUUACGAUCCCAAUCAAUACCCAGGUUUUCCUCCACCUGGUUAUCCUCCAGGUUAUCCUCCAGGACCUCCUGGUUAUCCUCCAGGACCCCCUGGUUAUCCUCCAGGACCUCCUGGUUAUCCUCCAGGACCUCCUGGUUAUCCUCCAGGACCUCCUGGUUACCCAUACGAUCCAAGCGGAUUAGGCGGUUAUGGCGCAGAAGGACCUUACGGGUACGAUCCUUAUGCAAUCGACCAGUAUGGUUACGAUCCGUAUGCCAACGAUCCUUAUGGACGUGGUCCUCUGUCUGUUCCGUAUACCCGUUCAGUGACCAGUUACGGUGAUCUUGGAAGGGGUAGAAGAGGACAAUGGUUUGAUCAAAUGUAUCCACAUGGUUAG